CCAGGCAGCCUCAAACCCCAGCUGCCGGGACCAGGACACCCAGUCAGCCUACACCUGCUCUUUCUGUCUCCUUCAGACUACGCCAUGGGGCUCAGCGACGGGGAGUGGCAGUUGGUGCUGAAUGCCUGGGGAAAGGUGGAGGCUGACAUCCCGGGCCAUGGGCAAGCCGUCCUCAUCAGUCUCUUUAAGGGGCACCCCGAGACCCUGGAGAAGUUCGACAAGUUCAAGAACCUCAAGUCGGAGGACGAGAUGAAGGCCUCCGAGGACCUGAAGAAGCACGGCGCCACCGUGCUCACGGCCCUGGGCGGCAUCCUCAAGAAGAAGGGGCAGCACGAGGCGGAGCUGAAGCCGCUGGCCCAGUCCCACGCCACCAAGCACAAGAUCCCCGUCAAGUACCUGGAGUUCAUCUCGGACUCCAUCAUCCAGGUUCUGCAGAGCAAGCUCGGCGGGGACUUCGGGGCUGACGCUCAGGAGGCCAUGAAGAAGGCCCUGGAGCUGUUCCGGAACGACAUCGCCGCCAAGUACAAGGAGCUGGGGUUCCAGGGCUAAGCCCCCCGAAAUCCCCACGCCCACCCCCACCCCCCGGGGCCCAGGCUGCAGGGCAGGGUGGGGACCGAAUCUCACAUAGUUGUGUAGAGUUUGUUUCUGUUUUGUGUCUGAGCGGUGGGUGGGAGAGGCGGAGGGGCUGGG